UUAUCAACCGAAUAACCCCUGGACACCGAAAAAGCUACGCCCACAAACGACCACAACUCCAAGAAUGCAUGGCAGUCUCUCCACAGCAACACCAACAGCAACGGCAGCAGCUUAAGGAAGCAGCUACUUGUGUUGGGUUGCGUUGUGUUUCCUGUUAUCCUACGCCCUCACUCUCUCCUUAAAAUGCGCACCCUCCUUACCUUAGGGCCACCAUGCCUGUCGUCUUCUUCUUCCUCCUCUUCUCUUCCAAUCACUUAUAAUUGCCAUUCCUCUCCUUCUUCUUGUUCUUCUUCCAACUCUUUUCUCUAUAGCUUUAGACCCAACAAGCGUUUCCAUUAUCUCAAGCCAUGUUCUUCCCUCAGGCAAACAAAGAAGCAGCAGUCUCUUCAGAAGAGUCCGCCUAGUGCUCCACAGAGUCUGAGGUGGUUCCUCAACCCCAAAGGUGAUGAUGAUGAGAAGGUCAAAGUGGAUUCUGAUGCUGAUGGUAAUGGUGAAGGAGGGAUUGAAGGGGGCUCUGCACUUAAAGGCACCCUUUUGGCUGGAGUUUUACUUUUUGGUGUUGUUGGUGGAUUAGGUACUGUUGGGUUUAUCUACAAGGACCAGAUCAAUGCCUUCCUUAACCAGUUUUCCACUUUCAUUGAAGGUUAUGGCCCUGCUGGAUAUGCUUUGUUUGUAGCAGUUUAUGCAGGGUUGGAAGUCCUUGCAAUUCCUGCCAUUCCAUUGACUAUGUCAGCUGGUCUUCUUUUUGGCUCUGUUAUUGGCACCAUUAUAGUCUCUAUCAGUGGAACAGUGGCAGCAAGUGUUGCCUUUCUAAUUGCUAGAUAUUUUGCUCGUGAGCGUAUUCUUAAACUGGUUGAAGGGAACAAAAAGUUCCUUGCAAUUGACAAAGCAAUUGGAGAAAAUGGCUUCAGAGUAGUGACCCUCCUUCGAUUGAGCCCUUUGCUCCCAUUUUCACUGGGGAAUUAUCUCUAUGGAUUGACAUCUGUAAAGUUUGUGCCAUAUGUGUUGGGAAGUUGGUUAGGGAUGCUUCCAGGAACAUGGGCUUAUGUCAGUGCUGGUGCAUUUGGCCGAGCAAUUAUUCAAGAAGAAUCAGAUUUUGCAUUUGGAGGAAAUGGUAUAUUAACACUUGGACUUGGGCUGUUGGCCACUGCGAUAGCGGCAGCUUAUGUGACGCAGCUUGCAAAGGACGCGGUAAAAGAUAUCGAGUAAAAAUGAAGGAUCAAGUUAGUAAAAGUAAAGUUGAAAAUUGUAAAAUUGAUGACCGCAAAUCUAAGCAUGUAAAUCGAAUUCAAAUGUAUAAUUGAACCCAAUCUAAUAGAAUGAUCCCCAUUUUACCUCAAAGUUUAUGUAUCCUCAUUUGUUAUUUUA